AAGAACGAAAGCGCUUCAUGAAAUGGUACCGCAAAGAGCGACGCCGUCACAGGAACAAAUUCGACUUUAAUGCACACUUUAUCAAGUAUUGCUCACAAGAUGUCCUCAUUUUGCAACAAGCGUGCGAAAAAUUUCGAGCGCUUUUCCAACAGGUAACCGAUGGAUUAUGCCCAUUUGCGUCUGGACUAACCACACCCGGCAUGUGCAAUUACUUUUGGAGAGCGCGAAUGCUGAAGGAAAACCAAAUUGCGUUGAUCGGCCCUCCUGGUCAGGGCAAAAAGUCAUCUGUCAAAGGAGAGCGUUGGCUACGCUGGAUUGAAAUGGAAAAUGAUGUAAAAUUGCAAAAAGAGCAUCGAAUCGGUCACUGGACUGUGGAUGGUUUUGAUCGGGAUACAAAAACCGCUUACGAGUUUUUAGGAUGUAUGUGGCACGGCUGCAGCGAAUGCACAACAAAAGCACGCUGCAUCCCUUUCUGAAACGGCCAAUGGAGGAAGUUAACAAAGCAACUGCCUUACGCCUUGAAGCUAUCAAAACUAUGGGCUAUUCCGUAGUUUCGAUCUGGGAACACGACUAUGAUAGCCGGCUCACUACUGACCUGGAAUUUCAGAAAAUAAUUCAGUUGACCGGUAUUGAAGAACCUAUGCACCCCGAGACGCAUUUACUGGUGGCAGGACAAACGCUAUCAAGUUGUACCACAAGUGCGAUCCUGGAG